CCCACGACACUAGAAAGCCACCAAGAAGAAGAAGCUGGUGGUUCCAGCCGUCAUUCCCGGAUCCGGGACGUGGAGAGAGCUGAGACGGCUGAGUUAGCUGCAGCCCUCCGCCAUGCAGAGAAGCUGUGUGAGACCCAGAGAGCCUGCAGCAACGCUGUUCUGGAGAGGAUGGGACUCUCCAUCCAGCAGCACACCCCCCACUUACCUCAGCCUCCAGCGUCUCCCAGAAGGAGCCCUAGAUGCUCCCUUCCAGGGAGGAGGACCCGGCCCAUGGCAGAGGAGGACCACAGGGGUUGGACGUCCACCACCAAACGGACGUUGUUAGAAGACGAGCCUUUCUUGGAGAAGAAGCUGCGUCUGGGCUCUCAGAUGGCAAUCGUCGCCUGUAAGAUCGCCAAGCUGAGAGAUGCAACCAGGAGCCCGAGUCCAGACUCCCCCCUCAGCUCGGUGGACCUCCACACCCCCACUGAGCUGAGGGACAAUUCACUCCUCUCGUUCCCCCCUACUCCUCCUCCCAGAGCCGGCACGAGACCGUCUUGUAUCCCGGUGGCGAAGCGUGGUGGAGCAGGCAAGAAGGCAGCGAAGAGAAAGCUCCAGUCUUCAAGAAGUACAUCAGAGGACCUUGGGACUGUUGAGAUGAUCCAGCCCGACCAGGGUCCUUCCCGGGUUAGGGUUAGUCACCAACCAGCACCCCCCAGUAGGACCCCGGCGUUGGCCCCCAAGGCACCAGCACCUCCAUCCAAAGCUGCCCCACCCAACCGAAAAGGACCUCGCCGUGGGACAAAGCUCCGGGCAAAGGCUGUCGGGGCAGAAGAAGACCUCCAGCCCUUCAGCAAACCUGCAGAGAAACUGUCCCUGUCCCUCACACAGCUGUCCUCUGACGACUGGGAGAAGAAACUGGACGCACUGAAGACGGUUCGAGCUCUGGUGCAACACCACCCGGCGUUACUGCAGACCAAACUGCACGAAGUCUGCCUGGUCCUCGCAGAAGAGGUGAAUAACUUGCGCUCUGGUGUGGCCUGUGCUGCGAUGGCCACCGUGGCAAAGCUCCACGUUCACCUGGGGAGGGCCAUGGACCCCGAGGCCGAGUGGACCGGCCCCGUCCUGCUGCUGAAGUUCGCCCAGACCACCAACGUCUUUAUUCUAGAUCAGGCUCACCUGGCCCUGGAAGCGCUGGUGGAGGGCUGCAGCCCCGGGAGAAUACUGCCCGCUCUCCUCAACACAGGGCUGAGGUAA